AUGGAACGCUAUUUUCACACUUGAUUCACAGCAUUUUAGGCUACCUGAAUGAACAUCCUUUGGGCGAUCGUUCCUGCGGAGGAUUUUGUUUGGCGCAUUCAAACACUCAAAUUCAUAAGUGGCCUAUUCAGUGCGUUUCUCUCGGGGCGUCAUUGACGUGCAAUGAGACUGGGAGCGCGCGGACCCGCCCUCGCUCCGCCAUUUCUCAGAUUGUGACUGUGGGUCAGGGGAGAGCAGCCGAAUAUCAACACGGCUUAAACGGCAAUAAGAGAUAAUCGGGUUUGGUGGGUCUGAAGUCUAACACGCUCACAAACCUACAACGUUGUUAAAAAUACUCGGUGCUUUAAGAUCUACUCAAAAGAGGACGACGAUUUAUUGUUGAAUUCAUUUUUUUGUGUGUGGAGACGUGUUGAAGGCCGCCAUUUUUGUUAGUGCUACUAAAGUCUUUCGGGAGUCAAGAAAGGGUUGAAAAUACGUUUGGUCAGCCUCAACUUUAACUGUUACAAUCGGAGAAAUUCCAGGAAGUGCUACACCGCGUGCGACCGCUGAUGUUACAUUGUAUAUGGAAAUCGGCUCAUUGAAGUCUUGGACUGACAGUGUCUGGAGAUAUGUUUCAUGAGCCUGCAAGCGACACGGCUACUUUUUUUCGGAAGAGGGAACUAAAAGGGGAACCUGCAUUAGCAAUUGUGUGCAUCGCAGAUGUUUCUUUCUAAUUAACUGUAGCUAGUUUCGAAAGCAACGUUUUGUAUUUGUACAGAGGCCUAAAGCCGCAUAAUGCUUGAAAGUUGGCUGAAGCUAGCUGGAGCUUGCCCGUGAGACGUCAGGUUACAGCGAAUGCUAACAUUACAGCGACUUGACGCCUGGGUUAUAAAUCAUUUUGAAGGGUUCGGGGGUUGAGCGCUCACCCGGCCCUAUUGGUUAGAGUAGCUCGAUAUUUAACGUAAAUUAAGAACCUAACUUAACGCCUAUCUACCUGUUCCAUCCUCUGGUUGCUAGCCUAAUUUAUUUUUGUAGCCUAAGUAUAAGCCUGUCUCUGACUAUUUUGUUGUUCAGCGUAGCAGCUUUCGUUAUCCUAAUUUAUUCAGCUUCACUAUGUCUUCAGCGCGGUUUGAUUCUUCGGACCGGUCCUGUUGGUAUUUCGGGCCGGUUUCGCGACAAGAGGCACAGAACAGAUUGCAGGGGCAAAGGCACGGGAUGUUUCUGGUCCGAGAUUCCUCGACCUGUCCUGGCGACUAUGUUCUGUCCGUGUCCGAAAAUUCAAAAGUGUCCCAUUAUAUCAUCAACUCCCUGCCCAGCAAGAAGUUUAAAAUAGGCGAUCAAGAGUUCGAACAUCUUCCAGCACUUUUGGAAUUCUACAAGAUUCACUACUUGGACACGACUACCCUUAUUGAGCCAGCCCCCAGGUACCCCAACCCCAACCAGGGCAGCACCCCUGCCCAGGUCCUGGGCCCCAUGGACGACAACCUGGAGUACGUGCGGACUCUGUACGAUUUCACGGGCAGCGACACCGAGGACCUGCCCUUCAAGAAGGGCGAGAUCCUCGUCAUCGUGGAGAAGCCCGAGGAGCAGUGGUGGAGCGCCAAGAACAAAGAUGGCCGCGUGGGCAUGAUCCCCGUGCCCUAUGUGGAGAAGGUGGUCCGGCCCUCGCCCCAGCAGCAGUUCCCCGGCACCCGCAACUCCAACAGCUACGGGAUCCCCGAGCCGGCCCACGCCUACGCCCAGCCCCAGACCCCCUCCCCCCUGCCCCCCGGGACACCCGGUGCCAUCAUCACCCCUCUGCCCUCCACCCAGAAUGGCCCGGUCAUGGCCAAGGCCAUCCAGAGGAGGGUGCCCUGCGCUUACGACAAGACCGCCCUGGCGCUGGAGGUGGGCGAUGUUGUGAAGGUGACGAGGAUGAACAUCAGCGGUCAGUGGGAGGGAGAGGUGAAUGGCCGGAGGGGCCUCUUCCCCUUCACCCACGUCAAAAUCAUCGACCCCCAGAACCCGGACGAGAGCGAAUGAGGCCGGCCGCGGCUUCGGUAGCGCCCGCUCGUCACCAUCGGCAACGCCUCGCUCGACGCCCGCACCCGCUUCAGCUAGCUCCACCGGCUGAGCCACCGCCCGAGCCUCUCCAACCAUCGCACCCGCUCACCGUUGUGCCCGGCCUGCCAAAGCUCAACCUCCACAUUCAAACGGGUUGUUAACGGAAGCUCCACAUUCAAACUCAACCUCCACAUUCAAACGGGUUGUUAACGGAAGCUCCACAUUCAAACUCAACCUCCACAUUCAAACGGAUGUUAACGGAAGCUCCACAUUCAAACUCAACCUCCACAGUGAAACGGAUUGUUAACGGAAGCUCCACAUUCAAACUCAACCUCCACAGUAAAACGGAUUGUUAACGGAAGCUCCACAGUAAAACGGAUUGUUAACGGAAGCUCUCCACAUUCAAACUCAACCUCCACAGUAAAACGGAUUGUUAACAGAAGCUCUCAACAUUCAAACAGAUUGUUGACGCCUUGCUUGACAGGAGUGUUUUUGUUUUGUUUCCUCCCUUUUCUUUUUCGCCCCGUCCCCUUUUUCUGUAUCUUUUCCAGCUUACCGUUGCUCAUUUGUCCCCAUGCCCAGGUGACAAACACCUCGUUAUUCUCGUACAAUGUCCCAUUCUUUAAUUCCUUUAUCCCCUGUUGGCCUUCAUUGAAGAUGCUUUAAUUGUUGGCGAGCCGAACUUGUGAACCUGGCUGCGUGUCACGGAGCGGAAGGGGUUUUGCGAGAUGGGGGGAGAGAUUCACGGACUGAGAACGGACUCGGGAAGACUCAACCUGGUCUGCCGGCUGAACCAACCGUUCGCCUUUUCUACCUUAAACAUGGGAACGCGGUGACUGGCCCGCGUCUCCACGCGGACGGGAGCGAGUGGACUUUCGAGGACCCAUCUGUCUGUUACGAAACGCAUCUUCAGCCACGACGGUGGCGAGUAAACGUGUUCUCAGAAGAACGUCGCUACUGCCUCCAGUGCUCUUCUGCCCGCAGCUAGCGGUUUGACCAGGAAGGCUCGAGUGGACUUUGUUUAACUUACACGUUAGGCCUGUUCGUAUUCGUUUGAGGAGGUCGUGUGUGAUAACGGUCAACGAUUGUAGCCUUUUGUGCCAUACGAGUCUUUCAAGCUGAAAAGUGUAGCUGCACUCGGGUGUUUGCAUGGCUUGGAGCCGCGAGAGGUGCGGUCGAAAUUAGUGCGCCGCAUGGAGGAGCCGCGCACGACGUCUCCAUCGAUGCCUUUUUGUACAGAGCGGAACAUUUGCACAAGCCAUCCUCUCAAUCUGCCAGCCCCUUUUUUUUUCUUUCUUUUUUUUCGCCUCCUUCCAUUUUUAAGUAUUCAGCUGUUCAAGCAGUUUGGAAGGCUAGCGGGUGAAAUUGUUUGAUUGUGUAUUUAUACCCGGUAUGAAAUAAAGGGGUUAAAAACUGCAGAAUUUGGGCACGUUUCCCCGUUCUUCCCGCCUUGUGGCUACUGCAGUGUGUAAACCCAGCUGAAACGCUGCAGGGAUCCACGCUUAGAAAAGGUGUGCCCAUGCUGUUGGCCUUUUUCCGGCGCUUUCUCCUGGCUUAGUUUUCCUCAUGCAGUGAGAUAACACAACAUAAAACUGAUCUGUCGCCAGGUGCAAUGUUUUUUCCUUUCACCUUUUAUAGUCCGUUGUCAGUUGAAUCCACCAUUUUGCGAUAUAUGGUGGCACGUGUGAAUGUCACCGGAGGAGACGUUGAAAAAGGGAAUGCGGUGGUCUCCCGACAUGACCUCCUGACCUUCGCCGUAGUUCAAGGUCAGAAUGCUGGCUUGUGAUUUCAGGUUUACCCGUCGCGGUUCAUGCUGGUAAUUGUAGUUUAGUUUCCCCCACAGUCAUGUUGAACAGCCUUUGUGGAAUCUCGCCACGCCAGCGGGAUUCUGUAACAUCCAGACUCCAUUCUAACCCCAUCCAGUGAAGCAAUAGAUCCGUCCCCCCCCAUACUUGUGGUUUAAAAAAUAAAGUCCGCUAAUCAUUUCUCAGUAAAAAAAAAAAGAAAUGGCCCAGAAGCUAUCUCCCUUUUUAACGGCAUUAACAGUAUUACCAGUGCUUAUUUUCUUGUUUAGGAAAGCAAAUGGAAUGUCUAUUUGUCUUUAAAAAAAAAACGGAAAUUGUGCCUUUUAUUUUCCUAUACCAUUUGAAUGUGUUAAUACGUCACAUGGGUAACACUCCUGUUGGACACCUGUACAGUGCGAGUAAAUAAAAUUUACGUCCAAUUUCUUGUAA